CACUAGUGUUAAAUAACAAGCCAAAGCCACUUGCUGGGAAUUUACGCUGAGUUAUACUUUGAGUUGAAAAUUAAGACUGAAAUGAAUGAUUAAAGCUGUCCAAAUGUUGAUGGUAACAUGAGAAAAUGAUAACAUUUGGCGCUGCAAGCAGUUCCACGGCUCUGGAGGACACUGGUGAAGUACGAAGUAUAUGCGAGAGUGUGUGCAGUGAUGGAUCUAACGCUACGGUGCAGCCUGGGGGCGCUAAUGCGAGGCCCCGGAUGGAUAUUGCGUGCGUUUUGGAUGUUACACAAAGCACCAACCUAGGGCACAGAAAACGAGCUUUAGAAGAAGUUAGGUUGGCUGCUGAUCUCGUAAAUGGAAACCUACAUCAUAUCCAUUUUGAAAAACUUGAUUUUGGAGAAACAAGUGUCCUGGAUACAUUCUACAAUGCUGAUGUAGCGCUGGUGGACCUCAGUAUGCAGGUGCAGCAGAGCUCCCUGCUCUAUCACCUGGGGGUUCGGGAAAGCUUUGACAUGAAGGAGAAUGUGCUGCUAUAUAAUGAUGUAGAUCCAGAUUCCACACUACGGCUUAAGGCAUCACUGCCUAACUUCCUGUUCGUGUCAUACAAGCUGACUGACGCGGGCACCUGUGUGACGACCAACCCCGCCGCCACCAAGUUCAAAGGAGAGGAGGUUGCCGAUCCCAAACAACAUCUGACGCUGCGGCUUAGGAAUAUAUUGCAGGAUGUCGAAGUACAGACCAAAGCUCACCUCCAAGAGAAAUUCCUCUCAGACUUGCGCAAAGCACGCGAACUAUACAGCGGCGCCGAGCUCGCCAACGUGCUCCACGCCAUGCGGCGGCGGCUCGACGACCCGGCCGUGCUCUCCGGCGACACCGUGCUCAACAUGCUCAUAUCCUACAGGGAGACGCAGGACUAUGACGCCAUAGUGCAGGUCGUGGAUGAUCUGAAGACCGUCAUGAACAGGAAAAACUAUAUUAACAUGCCGGUUAUACGGUUCUUGUAUGCGUUUGCUAUGAAUAGGAGGAAUAAGGAAGGGGACAGAGAAAAUGCUCUAAAGGUGUGCGUGAAAGCUUUGGAGAAAAAGGAGAACCGUUUCCCCGACAUGUUGUGUUUGUGUGGCCGUAUUUAUAAGGACAAGUUUGUAGAAUCUCAACACACGGAUAUGGAGAGCUUGAACAAUGCUAUACAUUGGUACAGACAAGGAUUUGAAGUUCAACCAAACGAAUAUGCAGGCAUAAAUCUGGCAACGUUGCUCGUCAUUGCUGGCAAUGACUUUAAGAAUUCUCAGGAGCUACAACAUAUUGGUAUGAUGCUAAACCAUCUAAUAGGCAAAAAAGGCAGCCUGUCAUCGCUCAAAGACUACUGGGACGUGGCCACGUUUUUCGAGAUCUCAGUGCUAGCGCAGGACUACGUGAAGGCUAUACAAGCGGCCGAGUGCAUGUUCAAACUGAAGCCGCCUAACUGGUAUCUGAAGAGCACGAUAGGGAACAUCGAACUUAUUGACAGGUUCAGGAAAAAGAGUGAAGAAUCUUCACCAGAACAACAAGUAUUUUCAUUUUGGAUGGAAUAUUUUGUUGAAGCUACUAAUACCGGAAGCUGUGAUAAUAUCAUCAGGUUUCCUGUUCUUAUUCUGGAGACUACAAAAGAGUUCAUGCCCUCAUACUUGAACGUGAACAUGGGAGCAGAGCAAAAGUCCGUGGAAAUACUUAACCUCUGUCUGAGUUCUAUACGUGGACAGUGUAGGCAAGUCCACCGGUGGCUCUUUACUUCUGACAUGAUUAGAAGCUACAGUUUGUACAAACGCGACGAGCGCUGUCUCUUUCUGUAUGUGAGCGAGAACUCUGACGACUUCCAGAUAUUCUUACCUUCUGAAGCCUGCAGACAACGGUUGCACGAUCUAUUGGGAGAUCUCACGGCUGAUCACGAGAAAGUCACGGAUUUGGACACCACUGUGAUGCAAGACCAGUUGAAAUUUGAAUACGAACUAGACGACUGCAACAAGCGCGUAGUGCUCGGCAAGGGCACGUACGGAGUAGUGUACGCGGCGCGCGACCUCAACACGCAAGUGCGCAUCGCCAUCAAGGAGAUACCAGAGAAGAACCUCGGCGACGUGCAGCCACUGCACGAGGAGAUCCUGCUGCACUCGCAGCUGCGCCACCGGAACAUAGUGCAGUACCUAGGAUCGAUAUCAGAAGACAACUAUUUUAAGAUAUUUAUGGAACAAGUCCCAGGAGGCUCAUUAUCGGCACUGCUCCGUUCUAAAUGGGGCCCUCUAAAGGAAAACGAAGCCACAAUCGCCUACUACACUAAACAGAUUUUGGAAGGUCUAAAAUACCUACACGAUCAAAAAAUAGUUCACCGUGACAUAAAAGGCGACAAUGUCCUCGUAAACACGUACAGUGGGGUCGUCAAGAUAUCGGACUUCGGGACAUCCAAGCGCCUGGCGGGACUGUGUCCGUCCACCGAGACCUUCGCGGGCACCCUGCAGUACAUGGCGCCCGAGGUCAUAGAUAAGGGGCAGAGAGGGUAUGGAGCGCCGGCGGACAUCUGGUCCCUUGGAUGUACGGUUGUAGAGAUGGCCACAGGAAAUCCACCUUUCAUUGAAUUGGGAUCGCCCCAAGCAGCGGUUUUUAAGGUGGGAUAUUACAAAGUGCACCCAGAAAUCCCCAGCGAGUUGUCUCCAAGAGCCAAGAGCUUCAUAAAGCGGUGUUUCAUACCGGACCCCGAGAAUCGCGCCACAGCAGCUGAACUAUUGGAAGAUUCAUUCUUAUGCGAGAAGAAAAAAACAUCUAGUCGCCUUGGUAGUAAUGUAGAUUAUAGCAGAAGCGUCUCCGUUCCUGCCGACAAAAUCCGGCCACCGCAGAAAAAGAUAUCCGAACCCUGUCUGCCAGGCAAUCUACCGAGUUCACCAGAGAUCGAGGUGAAAACGAUCCGGUCUAACCCGACCAUCACUAGGACGGCUUCGUCGAUGCUCUCACCGAUACUGAUAUACCCGCCGGACUUGUCCAAUAGCAGUACCAUGCCGAACACACCGUCCACGGACGAGAUGGAUACAAGCGACAGUCUGCUCAACCGGCGGAGUUCGUCAGGGGGCUUGCUCUCACCCGAGGUGGACAUGACAACCGUACAGCGCUCCUCCAUAGACGUUGAACAUGACGGUUUCUAUCUACUAAAGAAGGACUCACAGCGCCGUCUCACUCUAUCGCGGGUGCUAGAGCAGGACAGCGAACAAAUCUGCUCCAAGUGGAUGCACAGUAUUCAGCAAGAUUUUGGCAACACAGUGCUUACAAUGAAUCAUUUGGAAACCCUUCGAUGCGCGUUAAAAGACUACAUCAUGGACCAAAACAGAAGCGUCAUCGAGCAAGCCAUAACAAGUCUCAAAGAGGAUCUAGAUUUUGACUCGAACGCCAUUAACGAACUGAAUGCAGCUACGUACAUGUUUCAAGAGGCAGUGAAUGGAGUGUUGAGGAUGCACAGCAUCAAGCCUCAUUGGAUGUUCGCGCUUGACAACUUAGUGAGGAAUGCUGUGCAGGCGGCUAUUACUGUAUUAACCCCUGAGUUGGGGGCCAACCUCGCCGGGCAGGAGCACCGGCGCGGCGGGGGCCGCUCGCCCAGCGGCGCGGCCGACGCCGCCACGCCCUCCGCCAUGUCCACCGCCACCUCCACGAGGGACCACAGCAUGCUGCAGCUGCGCCAGGAGAACCAAAAAUUGCAUCAAGAACUACUGGAAAGUUACCAACAGUAUCAAUCUUUACUCAGAGAAAUGUUGGAAGAGCAAAAGCUUCAGACACAAAUACUUCGUGACUUCGUCAAUAGCAGAAACAGAAACAGCAGUCGUGAAGAAAAUUUAGACGAAACCAAAUGCCCUACACCGUUACCUUCAAACAGCCCUGACUUGUCUCAACCAAUAUCUGUUAUUUCUGAAAGUGACGUUACGCCGUCGCCGCUUCGCGAUUGGCUGACGGAUCGAGGGGUGCCCGCGAGUGCUGCGCAAGUUUUGAUUGAUCAGGAGUUUACGCUGGAAGACUUGUUGCAACAUGUUCAGAGAGAGGAUUUGGCGAGGUUGAAUCUCAAAGGUGGCGUAGAGCUGCGUCUAUGGCGAGCUAUAAUAGAUCACCGCCUGCACACGAAUGGCUCGGAGAGACUGCGGCGAACCAGCAGCACGGAGACAGACAUAGAUAACAACUCCAUCGUCGUAGUUGAAUGUCAGAGGUGUAAAUCAACCCGGCGCACCAUGUCCAACAUAUCGAGCAACUCCAACUGCUCGAACAACCCGACGGUGGUGAUCCGGCAGCAGGCGAACGGCGACGACACGGUCGCCGAGUACUGCCCCGACAACGGCAUCGUCAACCUUUGACAAUUACGAGGGUGGUGCACUCUGCAGUAGCGGGCUUCCAAGCAGCGUCGAUAGUUGGUUCGGUGUUCACAUGUGCAAGUUGCGGAAAGUUUCCAAAAAGUCGGAAAUUUUCUCGGAAAUCAAAGGAAAGGAGGGUGGGCUAAUUGGCCUAUUUAAGCAAUAAGGGCAAGCGGUAUGUCACUGGAUCGGUUAUUCAUUUACUUAUUUUUCUUUUUUGCGUUAUUUUUUUUUUAAACAAAUUUGACAUGUCUCGCCAUAAUAAAAAUUGAGUAUGUAAAAAACCUUUCCGAUGGUAUGUCGCUUAAUCUUAUUGGUUCAUAGGCCAGUGUCCAUACAAAUCUGUCCAACCUCCUUUCAAUUCCAUUUUGUAAUAAUGGAUACUCUGUUUAAGGAGAAAUAUGAGAAGAAUCCGAAAAUAUUUAAUGUGGAAUUUCGCAAUUUGGAAACUUUCCGAUGGCAUGUAGAUAGUUUAUGCACGUUUAGUACGCCGUCCCACAUGCAACUGAACUUGCUUAUCUUCUACGUAUGUAUAAAUUACAUUUGACGCGUGCAAGCAACUUGAUGGCAAUAUUGUAGCAGAGUAUUCUAUACACUGAUCUCUAAAUUAUAUUACUUGGGAUACAUAAUGGGUUUGUUCAGCAUCAGCCGUAAAAAAGUGCAUGGUGACUUUAUCAAUCAAUUAAUUCAUAUUUUUUCCAAGCAAUUUCGCAGCUCACUUGCACUUGACCAUGCACUUUUGUGGCUUGAUGUACAUGACAACCAUAUCACUGUCGAUUGGGUGUAGUAUUACUACUUUUUUAGAAUAUAAUUUAGAGAGUCAGCGAUACAAUCCGAAUAGCUUGUAAAUUCAAAUACUAUUGUACUGACAAAUAACUUUAACUAUCUAGUGUUAAGUCUACUAAUUAUUUCAUUGCCAUGGACGCAUCAUUUGUCGUUCUUAUUUUUUGUACCUUGUAAUACCAAUGUUUGGGUACUGUGGGUUAAUAGGUACGGUAAAAAUCAAGUACAGAAUCCUUUCGUCCUUUGGCUGCAGUCAUUUUGUGCGAGUUGCAUCGUUGCGUCUUCUAAUUUGCUUGUUCAUCAGUUUGAAAGUAAUAAACAUGCUUUAAUGAAGCCUUGAGUGUAUCACCCGCAAAUUAACGCCAUGUAAAUAUAUUUUUUAUGUAACAAGAUAUCGUUGAGAUAGGUAUAAUAUUAUAAUGGAUCUAUUGUAGAUAAUAUAUAUUUACAAUUUAAUUUAAUUUUAGGAAUAUUUAAAUUUCAUUUAAAUAAUAAUGUAAAGAUAUCUUUUAUAUGAGGUCAUCGGCCGCAUAAAAUUUCAAAAUAUUACAAGUGUAUUGUAAGUUAAGUUUUUUGAAUAUAUUUAAAUUUAAUAUUAUAAUCAGAUCUGAAUCUGUAAACAUUUUUAUCAGAUAAAAAUUGGGAUUCAAAUAAUGAUAUGUUCAUACACUGUUAUGGACACUUGUAUUUACAUAGCAUCUAAAUUUUCUGCUGAGCACAGCACAGCAUGGUGACAUUUUUGCUAAGUAUAUAAUGUGAUCUCCUGUCUAUAUAAUAUUGAAGGCAAAACCCUACCGCAGCGCACAUCGCGUCCCUAUCGUGAUGCAAACCAAAUUUUUAAUUAGUUUUGCGUUACUGUGGACUUUUGCCUUUAAUGUCUAUUUUCUUUAAAUUGAUACUACGUGACCUUUUCGGAAUUAAUCAAACACAAAGCAACGGUGCUCGCUAGUGAUUUAUUACAAUAAUAUUAGCAACAAGAGUGCCUUGUAAAUUAAACGCUUGUUAAUGCUAUAAACCAAUUAAAUUAACGUAGGUAUCUAGUUGCUAAAAGUAUACGUUAAAUUUUUUUAAAUUAUAAUCAUUUUUAAAUAGUGAAAUAACAUUAUUACACUAAUAACGUUACUUGUUAGGUGUUGGUUUGCAAAUUAAGAAAUAAAUACCCAUUCAACUUCAAAAUAAUUAUAUAUAUUAUGUAUACUACAUUAACAUCUGCAACCAUUGACAUAUAUCUAAGGACGGGCCUUACGGGCACUAAGAAUGGUUCUAGUUCAGUGGUGUCACUCACGAAUUCGAGCCAAUCGUGCAACCUAUCGCAACUAGUUGCGACCAAUAGCGCGCGUGAUGCGAACUCAUCAACCAAUCGCGUUGUGGCGUUAGACUGCAGAUUGGCUCGAAUUCGUGACACCGCUGUCCUUAGAUAUAUGUCAAUGUCUACAACAAACAGCAAUAACAAGUCAAAUUUAGGCCCUGGGCACUGUCUGUUUUUGGCUACAGUUUCCAAAGUGACAUCUCUGAUAUUUGUUUCGCUAGAGGCAAUAUAUACGCCUGAAAAGCAAUAAUGGCCGAAGUGAAUAACUUUUAUCUUUAUAGCUUUUCUUAAAGAUUUGACAGGUGUGCAGAAUUAUGAUUAUGAGUAUAUACGUAAUUUUAUUGAAUUGUGCCAUAUAUUAAUGACGGUUAAAAUAAGAUUUUUAAACAUUAAAGAAAGUGAUAUAACAACUCGUAAAACGAGAACUAUACAGCAUUCUUACACGGUUUUAAAGUGCAUCCAAAUAUUCUCUAAAAGUUUAAUUUUACGCACGAAUGAGACGGACGAUAUGUUUUUGAGAAUCAUCAUCAAAUGAUAGGUACUCGUAUUAUAAAUUUUGUUAUCUAUGUUAGUCGUGGUCACUAGCAUUUAACUAAAUGAUGUUUUGUUGUCAUUAGUAGUAUGGAAGGUAGAGGCAAGGAACAGAAACUCCUUAGGCAGAAUUGUUGCAAAAGUGUCCAGCUGUCAGCUAUAAAUAGUAGUUCCAAAUCUCUCCAGAGUAGCGCUAGAGUAGCUAAGAAUCUAGGCGUUAUUGACGGAGUGAAUUGCGCUAUGAUUCGAUUUUUUUCUCAAGUAUUCUAGGUAUUGUAGCGCCACAUAUUUAUGAUUUUUUGUUGGACACGUUUUGGUAUAUGGAGAUUUUGACCCGUGCCUCUACCUUCCAUAAUUAGUAGCCUUACCACCACUGCCGAAGUGUCAAUCUGACAUUCGCUAACGUAUGCGUACCUAAAUUACUUUUUUUUAAUGAAAAAGGCGCGCUGCUCAACAUAUUUUCUACUAAUGUGACUAAAAUACCUGGAAGAAAUGCAUUUUACUUAAAGUACUACGAAAAUGAAAACUACUAAAGACAUUGAUUUCGGAAUUGACCUAAUAUGAAUAGUUUUUACUGAAGACGUUUACCGGAUUGAACUUACUUAUAACAAAUUUUCUACUCAUGACAAGGCAGUAUGGCUUAGAGCUUUAUCCUGUUCAGAUGGACGAAAAAAAGUAACUUACUUUCUCACACUAAUAUGCGAGUACGAGCGAGAUGCAUAGAAAGUAAGUUACGCACACGCUAGCGAAUAUGUCAGUGUCAAACUGGUGGUAGACGUACAAGUUUAAAUGCAGUGACGUUUACAAAAAAACGUAUAUGUUUACUUAAUUUAUUAACUUUUGUAUCUUAUGUACCAACUUCAAAAUAUGUGUUACAACAAUAUAUUGAGCAGAGGUAAAACAACAUGAACAAAGUAUCUAUCUUUUCAUUUUAGUUUUUCACGUUACAAAUAGAGGUCAUGACUAUGACUUAUGGCAUAUAAGUGCAUGCGAGAUGUAAUGCCAGCAGCGAGUGGUGUAAAAUGAGAUCAUUUUAUGAAGUAAGAAUAUCGCAAGCCCUUUUUUUCAGUAAUAUUUCAGGAACUUCUAACAUAGAGAAUUUGAAAUAGAGGUGGAAAACUUUUAGAACACCAUUUGACUUUGAUCCUUAUUAUUUCACUAAUAUGUGUUAAAUUUAUUAAAUAUCAAAAAGUGGCGCCAUCUAAUAGAUCAAAGGCCAAAGAUAUGGCGGCAUCGUUUCGAGUGAUGGCGCCACAACCUUGGGCUUAUGCCCGGUGAGAUGGCGCCACUUUUUGAUAUUUCACAAAUUUAACACAUCAGUGAAAGAAUAAGGAUAAAAGUCAAAUGGCAGUCUAAAAGUUUUAAUCAUGUGUCGAAAGAUGGCAGUAAAUUUACUGUGGCUACAAAGUUUUCUUCAUCUCUAUUUCAAAUCUUUGCUUCUAAUUAGUUCAGAUAUAUACUAAAACUGUAUGCACGUCACUUUCUUGUGUUAAAAAUACGCAUACCAUUGCUUAUGCCUGGUCUUAAUGGAGCCCUUACCGCUGUAUACAUUAUGGUGAAUGUAGCCCAUUUGUGCUGAUUCAACAAAAAAGUCAAUAAUUGAGUUACAUUGUUAGUAAGUUAUCGAAUAUCGAAAACCCGUGAUUAGCAUAGGAUAAAAAAGUAAAAAAAAAGUACUCAACUUUGCUUGAAGACUUUUAUUAUUUGUGCAUUUGAGAAUAACGCAAUCUUCUAAAUACUUAAUUGUUUUCAGUUUAUCCCAGUGUUUUAAAUGAUGACACCUUUUCAUUCAUGUCAUGCCCCUGUGUUUGGCGUCAAGCUACGUUAUUUGUUUAUCCGAUUAUUGUGAACAAUUCAAACGCUGAAAUAUUUUUGCGUAGCUAAUAAAUAUUAAUUGAUUUACUA